AGCCAGCGCUCUCUUUACGAGAGAGAAAAAAGGAGAAGCCGAGCGUCGUCUUUUUUCGAGGCGAGGAAGGAAGGAGAGGAGAAAAAAGCGAAGGAAAGGAAAUAAGACGAGGGGCGUCACGGAUAGAUCCGAUCCUGAGUCGCGAUUCCGAGGAGCGGGGGCGGCGGCGACGAAGUGGAAGGCAACGAGGAGGUACCGACAGUAGCUCCCAGACAGUGACUCCGCGCGUAACGACAUGUAACCGGUUGAUAAGUUUGUUCACGGUGUUAUGUCAUCGAUGACAAUUGUUGGACGAGCGCGAUCCCAUCGUGGUGCAUCGUGGUCAGGGAUAGGAUGCCGAGCAGCGGAGGGGAAGGGUAAACAAACGAGUAAACAAGCGAGCGAAUAAAUAAAUAAUAUUCCCUCCCUUCCUGCGAGGAGGAAAGGAGACAGGCGAAAAGUGGAAGAGCGACAGAGAGAGAGGCGCGCUGGUUGGAAACGGACCUUGAACGGUGGAAAGGAUUAAAGAAUUUCGAGAUUUAGGGUGCGACAAGGCCGGCGCAACCACCGUGUAACCAGCGAGAGAGAGGAGAGCCUCGCUUUGGGAGAGGGAGAGAGAAGCGAAGGUUGGAGAGAAGCUCGAUGGGUCGAACGUACUCAGUGCUGCCAGCCGUAAGCUCGACGGAGUCGACGCCGCAAGCUCGAUGCAAAUCGACGUCGUGCACGGAUAGAAUGCUCGGAUGAAGAUCGCCGCUGAUCCCCGGACUCGAUCGAGCCCGAUUCCCGCGAUUCCUCUCGUGCUCUCGCGCCGCGACAACCGUAUUUAUAAAUCGACCCGUUCGCGGAAUAAGAAGGAACGGGCUGUUCGGAAACAGGGCCGCCCGUGUCAUGUCCGGUGCAUCUCGAAAGUGGUGGGUCAACAAUGUCAAUGCCCUUGAGAUCGAUCGUACCCGCUUGCCCAACCGAACCGACUCGUUGUUUGUUAAUGGACGGUGAGAAAUUGACUUCGGGGUGAGUCGAAGGCCGGGCGGGCGGCGGGAGGGGAGGCGGGAGAGCGCGGGGUGAAUGGCUGCCCGUGAUACGAACUAAUUACUUAGUCGAUGGAGCACGGAGAUUCACGGGGAUGCGACCGUUCCUCCUUCGACAACAACGAUAAUAACGAAUUAUUCGAAACUAUUCGAGCGUAAUAUACACAUAUACACACGUACACGCGUUUCUAGAUGUAAUUUCUCUGUAAAAGUGGAAAGUGAGGUUUGUUGUGUUUAAAACGAGAGACGAGGAAGGGAGGAAAGGCGGGCGAGGAGGAGGGAGAAGUGGACGGGUGGCAGAGUAACAACCGGUCGUUGGAUGGAGUGAUGAGCGGGGCCCCUGCACGGGGCACAGCGCCCCGUCGUCAAAGACGUCAUCACCACCACCACCACCACCACCAAAAGCAUCAGAGGCAGUUGCGCGGGGAGGAGGAGGAGGAGGAGGAGAAGCGGCCGAAGGUGAACCCGAUAUUCCUGUGGGCCUCGCAGAGGGAGCAGAGGAUCGUCGAGGUGAGGUGCGAGGACUACGACAAGAGGAACCGCAUCAAGUUGACGAAGACGGCGCAGGGAUGGCGUUCGAUACCGAGGACCGCGUCCAACAUGUACUCGGCCGGGCUGGGGGCCGCGGCCGCCUCCGCCGCCGUCCAGAAGCCGGCCCAGGGCAGCGCGAGCUCUGCCAACUCUUCCAACUGCUCGUCGCCGCGGAAGCUCGCGGCGCACGUGGCGAAGGGGGCGAAGGUUCGGGGACGGGGUGCAGCCGCGAAGGAGCCCAACGGCCUGCUGGUCGCGCGGGGAAGGAAGAGGGCUCGCGAGGAGGUGGCCGGUAAGGGAAAGUGUCGGCGGACUUGCGGCUUCCCUCUCGAGGAGAUGAGGAACAACGCGAACUGGGACGAGGAACGGCGGAGGGCGCGAAGCUCGGACGAGGAGGAGGAGGAGGAGAGGAAGGAGGAGGAGGAGGAGAGGAAGGAGGAAGGGAAUAAUGGAAUAUCGGAGAAGGAGGAGGCGUGGAGGGGUGGCGGUAGGAAGGAGAGGAGGAGCAGCGGCAGCAAGCUGGAAAGGCUGCAGAGAGACAAGUUGUUCCAGCCGCGAGUGGUGUUGGAGCAGCUACACUUUUCUCGGUUGCCCGAGGGCGUCCAUCGGAGUGUCCUUCAGAGGCGGAGAGGGAAGGGCGAGAUGAGCGACGAGGAGGAGGACGAGGAGGAGGAGGAGGAGGAGGAGGAGGACGGCGACGACGACGCUGUCGCCACCGAGGAGGAGAGGGAGAGGAAGAAGAGGAAGAGGAGGAAGAGGAGGAAGAGGGCCGCGGAUAACGAAAAAAGGAGGAGGAACAAGGCGGGCAUUCAGGACAUAUUGAACAUGAUCGAUGUCACGGCCUCCCCCGUCCUGGCCACCGACACGCCUAGCGCCGAUCUCCCCGUCGAUUCCACGAAAACUUGCCACCACGACCGGAAUCACCUCCGCGAGGGGGAGGCCAAACUGAAGGAUUCCUGCGUGGAACAACUGUCCCCCAACAACAAGGCCAAGGAACAAUCGUCGAGAACCACCUGCGACCUCAUCUCCAGCUACCAACAGGGUGACGCGUCCAAAACCAACAACGCUGCCGACGAUAAAAUCGAGAUACACGAGGAGAAGAUUCUCACCGGUUAUCGGGAGACCGAGAGCGAAGAGGACGACGACGACGACGAAGAAGAAGAGGAGGAGGAGGACGAAGAAGAGGAGGAGGAGCGAAACGUUGGAAGGAAGGGCGGCGAGAUCGUCAUAGUUUCCAUAAAGAAUAACAACAGCGCGGAGCAGUCCGCGUGCAAGAUCGCGGAAGCGGACGGCGGGGUUGGGAAAAAGCGGGGAGCGGACCCUGGCGAGCGCUGGCGAAGCGAGGAGGGCCAACUGGAAGAGGAGCGGCCCGACGACCCCGGCAGAAUAACGGACUACAACGACAGCUCGAAGAUCCUGAACGCGUUGAGGAACACGCCUGGCCUCUCCGUCUCCAUCACGAGGACCCACACGCCCGAAACGACCAAGUGCGGGCCGAGGCCCGCCUCGAAGGCGUCCUCCUCCAGCCGCUCGCCCGAUUCCCAAGCCGAGUGCGUGGAAAGGCUGCUGAAGGCCGGCAACAGCCUCGCCGAUUCCGCCACCGAGUCCUCCCACCAGGAUCGCAUCAACACCACCUCCGCCUCCGCCUCCGCCUCCACCUCCGCGCCCAAGAACCUUCCCGGCCUGUCCAUCGUCAUUCCCAGUUACCGGUACCGAAACUCGCAGCUGGCCGCCAACCGCUCGACGUCGCCGAGCGCCAAGUCGCGCGUCGAGUCGCCAGAGAGCACGGUGAAUUUCCCCAAGAGCGAGGGCUACGAGUCCAAGUUGGACGGAUUCCUUGAGGAGGAGGAGGAGGAGGAGGAGGAAGACGAAGAGGAGGAGGAGGAGAGGGAGAUGGAGGAGGAGGAGGAGGAGGAGGAGGACGAUUGCGACUCGCAAGUGUUGGAGGACCUGAGGCGGCAGAGUCGGGCGGACUCGUUGGAUUACUUGCACAGGCAGCAGGGGAUAGGGAACUCGGAGGAGCGGUCGAAGGCGGAGCUGGUGGGCGAGAAGAAGAGCAGCAGGAACAGCGAGGCGCAGGCGAAGUGCAAGUAUCAGGACGUGGAACACUUCGACGAGCAGGUGCUCGAGGAGCUGAGGAGCCGCGGCACGGUCGUGUCCCCCCAGCCGAGCGGGAUACCGUGCUCCCCUGCCUCGAGGAGGCCCUCGUCCGCCUACCUCGAGAGGCUGCUGCCGAGCCCUCCCUGCUCCGUGUCCUGUUCCGAGGACGCGAAGAACGAUUUGACGUUGAAGGGUAUACUGUCCUCCCCGAACCAGAUCGAGAUGAGGGAUCACGAGAAGCAGAAGGAGAUUUCGAACCGCUGCGACCAGGUGCCCAGCGACCACCUCCCGACCCGCCUCGAUCACCCGGCCGGCAGGAAGCCGGCCAAAAGUUGCUUCCAGGAGGCGAGAAGCUGCGCCAGGCCGAUGUCGAGCGGCGACAUUCACAGCAGCACGUAUCUCGAUCGAGGGCCCAAGAGGCCCGUGUCCGCCGAGUGGUCCGCGUGCGGCAGGCAGAAGGGCCAAUCCGCGUGUCAGAGGGGUGCGAAGGCGCGGGGGCACCAGGUUAUGGAGGAGGGUUGCGCCACGUCGACCAGCACCGACAAGCUUCUCGACCCCGCUAGUCAACUCAGAGAACUGAUCGAGACGUCAGGACACCUGAUACCCGACCCCCUCCUCGUCCCCAGGGACUAUUUGCCGGGCCUCGCGGCCGCCCCGGCCACCGAAAUCCCGAAACUGCUGGCCUCGAGGCCCGAGCUCAGGCUGCCCGAGGCGUUGACCAGGCCGGACCUCCUCCGGGACCCGGAUCUGUUGGUCAUAUCGUUGACUCAUCUCCAGCACGUGCUAGAUCACGGCGAGGGGCCGGUCUCCAGGUCGCGGCAAUCCUCCCAUCCGAGGAUCAACAACGGGGCCGGCAAAGGGGGAGCCGGCGGUCACGCGAGCAACGGGAGGAAGAACGCGUUCCAAACGAGGCCCAAGCUCAGCUGCAAGCCGAUCGGCACUCUCAUGCCAGCGCCGAUCGAUCUGUCCAGUAGCCGAAGGACCAACACUUAUCUGCCGUUGCUCAGGGUGAGGAGCGGUUUACUUAAACAGGAACCGGAAGUCAGCUCCACGGCAAGUUCGCCCGACGAGUCCCAACUUUGGCAUCCUUUGUUCGGCAGCCAGAAGAGGCAGCACCACCAGCAACACCAGCAACAACAGAAUCAACACAGCCAGCAGCAGCAGCAGCAACAGCAACAACAACAACAACAACACAAACACCAACAAAAUCAUCAUCAGCAACAGCAAAAUCAGCAUCAACAUCAACAACAGCACCAACAUCAGCACCAACACCAACACCAACACGCCUCCUGGCACAGGACCACCUUGGCGUCCUGACCACAGUGACCUUGACCCUGGCCGCAGGUCGAGUAGUCCUGAUAAAAGAGAGGAGAGAGCAUUCUUCCCGCCGCUGGCCGAAACGCGAUCGAUCGUCGCGACUACUUCUUUCGCGGUUCGUUAUUCGAGAGAAGAAGAAGAAGAAGAAGAAGGAAGAGGAGGAGGAAAAGAAGAAGGGAAGGAGAAACCAAUCAAAACCGCCGUCAAAUACCAAAAGAAUGCUCCACACGACCGGUGUUCCUACAAACUUUGAACAUUCUCUUCGACCUAUUCACCGCGAUACUCUUCGUCGAAAGACCUUCUCUUUGAUCAUCGUCGCUGCACAAAUUUCCCGUGUUCCGCGAUAGCGAGCCGCCAUUGCUGUGCUCAUCGUAAUUUCCUCUCCGUAGAGAACUCUCUCUCUCUCUCUCUCUCUUCCUCUCUGUCUAUCCCGUUUUCUCUCCGUUCCUCUAUCGCGAGUCCGUUUGUAGGAGACUCGGCUUUCGCGCCUACGAUCGUAUGUUUCUCGAUUCUUUCUCCCUUUUCUUUCGUUCGCCACAUACGAGAAAAAAAAGUAAACAAAACAAAAAGCAUUGGACGCUUCGCCUCGAUUCGACUUCGACCGACAUCAUAUCCCGGAUAUCGUAAGAAAAUAUUCUACGCUGCGUAGAAACUAAUAGAGAGACUCGUUUCUCUACGUUUCAACAGGAUUUUUCCAUUCGUCAUGAAUUUUUAUCGCUUCGUUGAAACGAUUUGUUCGGCGUAGAGAUACAUAUGUUAGUUUCCUUUUUUUCUAGAAUUUGCAUUUUGGAGUUGAUUUUUUUUUUUUUUUUUUUGUUAACGUUUAAUCUUUUCGAAAAUUCGUUCACAAAAUUUGAAGAGUUCCCUAUUCUAAUCUCUCGAUCAUCUCGGAUUGUUUAACCGUACUUCGCGAGAGUUAAAAAAAAGUUAUUAAACAGCGUGCAACGCGAGCGAACGCCGUGACGAAAAUUAUAUCGCAGAUCGUUGGAGAUAUCAUUCGAAUCGAAAGCUUAUUUUCUCUUUUCUUUUCUCUUUCUUUUCUUUGAAGGACAAAAUAUUAUCGCAUCGAAUUGUAAGAAAGAACCUCGAAGACUCACGUUCUUUGUCCUCGUGGAAACGGCGAGUGUAAUAAUAUGACUCAUUCGUUCCUUAUAGAAGAAAUAGAUCGAUCCAAGUUGUAGCGAGUAGCAAAGAGAAAGAAAAAAAAAAGGUAUUUAACCGCUAAACGAUAGGGUAUUAAGAUUGUAAUAGAGAUAGAAGCGCGCGGAGCAGAAUGUAAAUAAAAGUUCGCGUGUUUAUCGUGAUGUGUAAGAAGUAAGUGCAAUGUAUCAUAAGUGAAUGUAAUUUCAUAGAAUUUCUGAUGGAAACUGUACAAUACGUAUCUGUAGGCGAACAGCUUGCAUAAAGAUGCGCGUUGUCUUUGAGAGCACAGUGAGAUCGUUGUUUCCGUUUCGAACAAAUUUCGCAUACGUUCGCCAUCGCCCUUCCACUCGUGCGUUUUAAAUAUCAUACGAUUAUUAUAUGUCAAAAAAUUCCUUCGUUCUUCGCCUUCGUUUUUCACUUUAUUAUUCUUAUCGAUUCUCCAGUUAAUUCAAUUUAUCCACACCGUGUAUACGAAUAUUUCGUUCACGAUUUUCAACCGUUAAAUAAUAUGAUUAAUCAUUGCUUGGAGAGGAGACUCGUCGUUCAAAUCGGUUAUUAUUAUUAUUAUUAUUUAUGCAAACGAGAAUCGUUUAAAUCCUCUUUAUUAAUGAUAAUUUUUCGUUCGUUGGGAGAAAGAUGAUAGUUUCGGUGAUGCAAAUGGAUGGAUAAGACGAGCGAAUGAAAUAAUUUAUAACGAAUAAUAAUAUCGUUAUUUACGAUCAAAUCGGACGAUUCUCGUCUAGAACAACAACCUGAAAGAAGUUAAUUCGAAGUGAUCGUAAGCUUCCUCUAUAUUUUAUUUUCCUCGUUUCCCGUGAAUAAUCGAUAAUUUCAAUUUAUUGUUGUUAUUCGAGCAUUGUUAUGAUUGAUUAUUUCUCACUAUAAAUAACUAUUUUCUCGAGCAAGGUAGCCGAGUGAUAAUGCAUAUAAGCGGCGCAACGUGCAAUAGUUUUUAAUUCGAUCAUUUCACAUGAAUCGUCACGGCGAUCGUGAACCCUUCUCACGAUCCUCACAGCGGAGACAAUUAAUGCGAUACGAACGAUCGUUUAAUAUUCUGUAUCCAUGUCGAGUUUACAUGCGGCCAACUGAAACAUCUUUGGUCUUAAUCUCUGUGGAAAUUGAUGAGCGAGAAUUUAAUUUGGCACGAUAAGAGAAAUAAUAAUAAUAAUAAUCUCGGUCAAUGUCGAGAAGCUGGCUCAAGAAUUUGUUAUUAAAAAAAAAAAAGUUGGUCGAAUUUAUUUAUGGUCGAUCCGCGAGACGAAGAUUUAUUAAUUUAUUAAAAUUGAACGAUUCGAACUUGAAUGAGAGGCGGAAAUUCCGAAGUAUCUUAAGCGCUUAAAAAAAUCAAUAAAGCCAAUGCUUUCGUAUCGCUGCUCACGAACAACUUAAUAUAGCUAUGACUAAUUAGGUCAAAUCAAUUUUUUUAUAAUCUGCAUCCGUUAAGGUUUAAAUUGUCCCAUGAACUAGUUUGUCACAAUAUAUUUCCUCGUGAUAAUAUUAUAAUUUAUUAUGAAUAUCGAAUCGUCAAGGUAGAAGAAUGUGAAAAAACGUGAAAGAAAAUUAUACCGAAUAUUGACGUUUUUUGUUAUCAAAUAUACAAAUCAAACGAGAGAAAUCUGUCGCCCCACCAUAAUAAAUAUUAUUUCUGUGCUCUAUUGAAUCUUCUCAAGUGCGAAGUAUUUUGUUCAUAAAAGGACUUCGAAUUAUCGAUUAUCUGAAAAUUGAUUUGCUUUACUUUCACGUGUAAACUCGACCAUGAUUAAAUCGGAUUACAGUCGUGAAUCAUUACCUUAUGCGAUCACGAUUAAGUAUCGAAAAAACGAAAAAAAAAAAAAAAAAAAAAGAAAAAGAAGAAAGAAGGAAAUGUGACUAUGCGCGUCUGAAAUGACGAAAACAGGUGCUAUUCGAUAGUUAAAAAUAAAGAGGAAAAAAAAAAAAAGGAAAAAAAAAAAAAAGAACGAUAAA